AUGGUCAAUUUAGCUGACGCUUUUAUGAUUAACACGGUGACUGAGGGAGCUAUGAAUGUCUUACGCCAGAUCGGAAUUUUCAAGACAAAAACUGAAAUUUCACAACCAGUGCCAAUAAUUAUAAAGAUGCCACUCUGGGAGUUAGCUCAAGCGGCAGGGCCGUUUGUAAGGCUUGCAGGCCUGAGUGGAGCUGUGGCUGUAGUCCUUGGCGCUAUGGGAGCCCAUCGAACUUUUCCAGAAACUGAGGGCAAAGAAGAUUUAAGAAAGAUAUUUGAAACCGCCAAUAGAUUCCACUUUCUUCAUACUUUAGCUUUGAUGACUGUACCACUUUGCAGAAGACCAUACAUUGCAGGUGGAUUUUUCAUUGCUGGAAUGGGUCUAUUCUGUGGUACUUGCUAUUACCAUACUUUCACUGGUGACCGAAGCUUCCGACGCCUAACACCAAUAGGAGGUUCCUGCCUAAUAUUAGGUUGGCUUGCAAUGAUGCUG